AACUUUCCGUCUCCCCGCCCGCCCAAAUCCCGCACCGCUUCCUCCCAAAGCUCUCCCCAUUCCCCAACCUUCGCGAAGCUUCUCGAACCUCCUCCGCCAAUGUCCGCGCCCCCGUUCGCCGUCGACGACUACGACGAUGACGACGGAUUCGACUGGGAGGCCGCCGUGCGCGAGAUCGACAACGCCUGCGCCCUCGCGUCGGCUUCCGCCCCCGCCCCUGCCCGGGCGCCGGUGCAGCAUCCGCCUCCGCCCCGGCCCCCCGAGCCCUCGGCGUCGGCACCGCUUCACAGGUCACCGGCGGCGGCGGGCGGCGGCGCGCGGCAGUCGACGCUGGACCGCUUCGUCGACUCCUUCACCAGGAGGCAACGGGAGAAGGAGAGGCCUACGCUGGCGCCGGAGGCCGCGGCGGUGGGGGCGGGGUUGGCGCCGGCUGGUGGCGGGUGGCGCCAUGGUGUCCGCGCGGGCGAGGGGUGCUCGCGGCAGGCGGACGAGAAGGCUGUGGGGGACCGGUUCGUCGAAUCCUUCACCAGGAGGCAGCGGGAGAAGGAGAGGGCUGCGCCGGCGGUGGCGGUGGCACCGGCUGGUGGCCGGGGGCGUGCUGCGGUCCGCGCAGGCAAGGGAUGCUCGCGGCAGGCGGGUGAGGAGGUUGCGUACGAACCCUGCGCCGUGGGCCUGGACCACGAGGCGGUACAGAUGUGGAUCUAUCCAACUAAUGUAGAAGUCCGAGAGUACCAGAAAUAUAUGGUUGAAAAGGCUUUGUUUACCAAUACAUUAGUAGCUUUGCCGACUGGACUCGGCAAAACUUUUAUUGCGGCGGUAGUAAUGUACAAUUACUUUAGAUGGUUUCCUGAAGGCAAAAUAGUAUUUACUGCCCCUUCGCGUCCUCUUGUUACUCAGCAAAUUGAGGCAUGUCACAAUACAGUGGGAAUACCACAGGAGUGGACGAUAGAUAUGAAAGGGGAUUCAAGGCCUUCCGAUCGAUCAAGUUUAUGGAAGUCAAAAAGAGUCUUCUUUGUCACUCCACAAAUUCUUGAGAAUGAUAUACAAUCUGGUAUAUGUAUGGUAAAGCAAAUAGUUUGUUUGGUGAUAGAUGAAGCUCAUCGAGCUUCGGGAAAUCAUUCUUACUGCAUAGCUGUUCGAAAGUUGGUGGAAGCUCAUGUGCCGUUAAGGAUUUUAGCUCUAACUGCUACACCAGGAUCCAAGCAUGCAAAUAUCCAAAAUGUUAUCAACAAUUUAUGCAUUUCGGAGUUGGUUCAUUGUGAUGAAGAGGAUUCUGAAGUAUGCCAAUAUGUUAAAAAACGUGAAGUUGAACUUUUGAAGAUCCCUUUUGGCAGUGAUGCAACUCAAGUUGAUGGUAUGCUUUUGGAUAUUAUGCGCCCACAUCUUAAUCGGUUGCGUGACGCUGGUGUGAUUGAUUAUAGGGAUUAUGCAAAUUGGGGCACAUAUAGCUUGCUGAAUUAUAAGGAAAAAUUCAUGGAAGCACCCCCACCAAACAUCAGUGAAGUGGAGAGAGGGGAAAUUCAAAAAUCUUUUAUAGCUCUUUGCUCACUUUGUCACAUAAGGAAAUUGCUUUUGAGCCAUGGAAUCAAUCAAGCAUAUCAGUUUAUUGAAGACAAGUUAAAGAAAGGGUCACUGAGUUUGAUGCGCAAGAACGAACUCUUCUGGCAAGCAAAAGAAAAGAUGAAGCUUGUCUCAUCUCAAGGUUCAAUUCUAAAAAUCAAAAAUUUGAUAGACGUGAUGGUUGCUCAUUUCAAUAAAAAUGAUUCAAAGGACUCAAGGGUCAUUAUCUUUUCACAUUUCCGGGGAAGUGUCAAUGAAAUAUAUUGCUCACUACAAAGUAUUGAUGAUAGACUUAUCAGACCUGUUGAAUUCAUUGGUCAAAGCUCAGCAGGUAAACGGUUGAAGGGGCAAACCCAAAAAACACAGCAAGCUAUUCUACAGAAAUUUCGAUCUGGGGAAUACAACGUUUUGGUGGCAACAUCAAUCGGUGAGGAAGGACUAGAUAUUAUUGAGGUUGAUCUUGUGAUCUGUUUUGAUGCCAAUAUCUCACCAUUAAGGAUGAUUCAACGAAUGGGAAGAACUGGGAGAAAGCAUGAAGGGCGAGUUGUGGUUUUGGCUUGUGAAGGACAGGAGUUGAUGGGGUACAUAAAGAAACAAAGAGAUAGUCAGACCAUGAGGAAGCUAUUGCGUAACAGUGAGAGAUUUGAAUACCAUGCUAGUCCUAGGAUGGUUCCACAUGUCUGUAAACCAAAAGUUAAGUAUGUUAAAUUGACAAUAGAGAAGUAUAUUUCUUGCUUAAAGAAAAUGAAAGUUGGCAUAAAAGACACAUCACCAAUUCUGGGGAAGAUGUCAGAGGAAGAUGGCCAAUUGAUUGCGCGGUACUUUGGUGCAUGCAAAGAAGAUGUUUGGAGGCCAUCUCUUGUUGCAUUUCCUAGAUCUCAGCUUUGUCCAAGUGUUGUUCAUAAAGUUCCACACUCGUUCCGGACAACAGAUAUGCUAACUGACGCUAUGCAGCAACUUCAAGAUCCGUCUUUUUUUAGGACAAAGUGUGAAAGCCCUUUGCAAGAACCUGCUGAUGUUGCAGCUGUGAAAUGUCAGGCACGUGAAGGUCUCUAUGCUGUUAAUGGAAAUAAGGAGGCAAUGCCUCAGGAAUGUGACGGUGUGGAAGCCUCAUCCAGAGAAGUGGUGUGUAAUCAAAGUUUUUCUGUGCCAGGUUCUCCGGUUAAGACGUUUCCUAUUCACUCUUUCUUCAGUGGUGAUUAUGUAACUGUGGAUAGAGGAGGCUAUGUUUCAGUUACCUUUGUACCUGUCCUGCCUCAGACAUCGGCAUUCCAUAAGGACGCGAAGAAUGCACACUGGUGCCACAGAGUCCAGAAAACGGCCAUACCUUACCAAUCAGCAGCAGACAUCAGCAGGCCAACAGUUGACUUUCAUCAUCCUGCAUAUGUAACUGAUUCAGGCAAACAUUUGUUUAAGAACAGUGUAUCAAAUGUAGACCCUCAUUCGCCUGAGUUUGCUGGACAAUGCGACGACACUGAUAACAACGUGCUUACAACGCCACCAUCUAAAACAUUGACAAGCCCAAGGGAAAAAUGGGGCACACCCUGCAAUGCUAAACUAGCGAGCUCUGCCUUUUCAGGUCAGAAAGAUAUGGAGCUUAGUCCCAGGUUGACACAUUAUAUGGAAGAAGGAAUUGUUCCUGAGUCUCCAAUUGUUGAUGUUUGCCACCUACAAAUAGAAACAGACAGAGCUGUCAGUACUGGAUUUGUGCCAAAAUUUGGUUCUUCAAAGACACAUGAUGAGGGAGCUCACGCCAAUUCAGCUGGAUGUCGAAAAGGACCAUUGAGAUUUGAGAAAAAUGAUGAACAGCUUUCUGGUUCAUUGAGACAGAAUGUCCUCGAUCGGACUAAAGCAAAAACAGGAGAGCCAGUAUGUCCUUCAAAUGUGAAAAUAUGUACUCCCACCACUUGUACUCCUACAACAAAUCUGCUGUGUGAUAGUUUCUCUAAUGAUUGUCAGCUUAGGUCAGGGGGGAAUACGUCAGGGUCAGUCCAGCAAGCACCUAAGUACAGAAGACUAUGCAAAUAUGGUGACAAGAUCAAAAGAGUCUCCUCCAUUUCCUUGGAUGACUGUCAUGAUGGAUUUGGAGAAUGUGAUAUUGCUACUAAAACUAUGCCAAACCAAAUAGAGCUCGCUAUGGGGAAAAAAGGGAAGGCCAAGAGGCGUUUGGAUACCUAUAUUGACGAGGAAGUCGAGGUAUCUGAGGAUGCUGAUGUUUCAGAGGAUGAGGAUGAUGAUCAGAGUGAAGAUAAAUAUGAAGAUAGCUUCAUCGAUGAUCAGACAACUCCUACCGGCGAAUUCACCCAAACAGAGCAAGGUGCUGAAAAUAAUGGUGACAUGAUGGGUUUCUACAGGCGAUCACUGCUCACUCAGUCCCCAGUAGUUAGGCCCUCUAGGUACCUCGAUGUCUCUGACAAUUCUGCUUCUAGAACCGGAAGUGUGAGCUGUUCUUCAGAGAACUUGCACAAUUCUAUUGAGACUCCAAAAGGGCUUGCUCAAACACGUAGUACCAUUGAUCCAAGUCCUUCACGGUACGAACGAUCCUCACUAGGAAGAGCCAGUUUUGGAAAGGAACAAAGUGAAGCAACUAUCGUCAAUUGUGAAUCAUCCACUAAAUUGGACUGCAGAAAGAGAAAGUUAAGCUUCCAGCAACCUGCAUCUAUCCCUGUUAUAAACCUUGAACCGGAACCAGCACCAGAACCAUCCUCACUCCUUGCUACCGGAGUCAAUGAUGAUAUAUAUUUAGAUGAUGCUUUCUUUGAGAACCUUGAUCUUGAUGCAAUUGAAGCACAAGCAACCGAGCUGUGGAGACAAAAGACUGUACAGUCGACAGACAAACCGGUGGAAACUAAGAAAGCAUCAGAGAUUAGCUUUGCUCCUCCAUCAUUUGAUCUAGGGUUCUGAGAACUCGUGUUGAACUUCCAUUCAAGAUAUCAUCUAGCUGCAGUACUAGAUCAUCUCGAAGCACGUCAAUAACUGCGUGGGGCAAUGAUCUUUCCUGCGGAAGGUUCGAACUUGCAGUACAUGACAGCAAGCCACAACAGGAUAUUUAGGUGAACCCUGGCAUGAUGCUGGUAAGAUCACUGUUGUGAUAUUUAUAUGCACGCUGCGAGAUCAGCAGGAGGUGAGUUCUGUAUAUACUUAUUGGCCCUAUCAGUGUAUUAUCUUGUACAGAAUUAUACACCUUGUAUAAUCGUUAUUUCUGUUAUGUAAAUAUUGUUUAAUAUACGAGGGUCUGGCUGUAUACAAACUGUUAGUGGCAAAGAUGAGGCAAUACCAUUUGGCUAUGCAGGAUUGGCUA